ACAAGAAGUUUCAACAACAGACCGUCCGCCAUUUGCUCUUUCAGCUGCUCUAAAUCUGUUUUUCUGAUUAUAAUUUUGUCUUUAAUUCAAACUAAAACCCGGUUUGCCCGCAGUUACUUCUGUACGUCACAGCGGCGGUGAUGGCGGCCGACCGGCGCGAGGACAAAGUUGUUGUUUCAGAUGGAGAACUGAACGUGCUGGAGGAUAUUCUGACUGAAGCUCCAGACCAGGAUGACGAGCUGUACAACCCUGAGAGUGAGCGAGACGUCAGCGACAAGAAAGGAACAAAGAGGAAGAGCGAGCGCUCUGACAGCCAUGAUCUGAAGAGGCUCCGCCCCUCGUCAGGCCACGCCCCCUCCAGAUCGUCAUCCACCAAUAAGAGAGCCCCAGGCCCGCCUGUCGUCUCCUCUUCUAAGAAGACGGCGUCCAGCCCCCGUGGCCGAAACGCCGCCACCGGCUAUCGACACGAAUACUACGAGGAGAGAAAGGGGCGGCGAGGGGCCCGAGAGGCAACCAGGAGCCGUGGAGGAGAGGACACACGGCGCCGUGACUCCCAGAGAGGCCUGGAGAGUCUGAGCCAGAAGUUGCGGCGUGACGAGCGGCGGGCAAGCCCCUCCCCCCAUGAGGAGGACAACCAAUCAGAGGAUGAGGCAGCAGCAGAGUAUGGUUCAGAGCAGGGGUCAGGAAGCUCCUCCCCCGCAGCUUCCCAUGUAGAGGAGGAGGAAGAGGAAGAUCAGGAGGAGGAGGAAGAGGAAGAGGAAGAAGAGGAAGGCAUGGAGGAAGAGGAGGAGGAAGAGGAGGAGGAGGAGGAAGGAGAAAAGGAGGAAGAGGAGGAGGAAGAGGAGGAGUACGAGCGACGUGGCGGUGGCGAGGGUAACGACUACGACACUCGGAGCGAGGCUGGCGACUCACGCUCCGCCUCCUCUGUCAGUUUCUCAGACGAUGGUGAGUCGGCUCACUCGGGCUCCGCCUCCGAGGCUUCAGGUUCAGAGAAGAAGCAGGAGAAGUUGUCUUCGUCAGUCCGAGCUGUUCGCAAAGGGAUGGAGAAUCCGACCAGUAAGCUGCGUUACAUCCUGCGAGAUGCUCGCUUCUUCCUCAUCAAGAGCAACAACCAUGAAAACGUCUCCUUGGCUAAAGCGAAGGGCGUGUGGUCGACGCUGCCGGUGAAUGAGAAGAAGCUCAAUGCCGCUUUCCGUUCAGCUCGGAGCGUCGUCCUCGUCUUCUCUGUCAGAGAGAGCGGCAAAUUCCAAGGUUUUGCUCGUUUGGCAUCAGAGUCUCAUCAUGGCGGGUCUCCGAUCCACUGGGUUCUUCCUGCUGGUAUGAACGCCAAGAUGCUGGGCGGAGUCUUUAAGAUCGACUGGCUCUGCAGGAGGGAACUUCCUUUCACUAAGACAGCUCACCUGUCCAACCCCUGGAACGAACAUAAGCCCGUCAAAAUCGGACGUGAUGGACAGGAGAUCCAACCAGACGUCGGCGCUCAGCUCUGUGCCCUUUUCCCAUUGGACGAGAGCGUGGAUGUCCACCAGGUUGCUCGCCGCGUUCGUCACAAACGCCGGACACCAUCGGAGCCCCGGCCUCGAGGCCGACCGCCUCAACGCGAACCGGGAAGGCGUCGACCUGAAGAGUACGACCUCCACGGCAGGAAGCGGCCGCGAGCCGACGGUCCGCCGGACUUCAGCCAGCGAGCAGGAUUCAUCCAGGACCUUCGUAACCAGCCGGUGGACAGGCGUUUCUCCAGCGUCAGACGAGAUGUUUUCCUCAACGGGUCCUAUAAUGACUACAUGAGGGAUUAUCACCACAGCGUGGGUCCUCCGGCUCCCUGGCAAACUCUGGCAGCGUACCCCGGUGUGGAGCAACCGCCGCCCCAUCAUCCCCCCUACUACCACCACAGCCACCCCCCUCCACCUCCUCACCAGGCCUACCACCACCACCACCACCCCCCCCUGCCACCACAUGAGGCUCCGCCCCCUCGCUUCAGAGACAAGCAGAGAGUGCCGCAACACCGUGCCUUCACCUCCAGCCCACAUGACUACGACAUGCGUGUGGACGACUUCCUGCGGCGAACACAGGCAGUGGUGAGCAGCCGGCGUGAGCGCGAGCGUCAGCGGGAGCGUGAGCGCGGUGGACCACGUCGUGAGAGAGAGAGAGAGCGAGCAAGGGACAGAGACAGGGAGAGAGAGAGAGACAAAGAGAGGGGGCGGUACCGCAGGUGAUCUGAUGAUGUCACUUCCUGUCAGCCUGCAGGGGGGUUUACUUUGACAGUCAGCUGUGGUUUUGGCUGGUUUCCUGUUUUUGUUGAAAAUUAUGUAAACAAAAAUGAGUUACUUGAUGACAUCAUCAGUUUUUAUGUGAAUAAAAUAAAAAAAAAAACAAAAACCUAAGAAUAAAAAUCUGGUGAGUUUGGUCAAAACUCUUACUUUGAAGAUCCUGUGACAUCAUCACCAGACAUGCCUGUCACACGGCUCCGUCACGUUUCUGCUCCACAUUAAUUAAACCAAAUGAAACGAGAUCUGUGUUUGAUGUUUCAGUGUUUAGUCCAGAGGUUUCAACAUGAGGGUCGCUGCCUUCUGAGGGGUUGUCACAACAACUUUUUAAACAUCUCUCCAAUCAUUGCUUGUUUUAUUGUGAAAGGAUGGACAGUAUUUCCUGUAAAAUCCUUCAAAUUAAACUCGUUUCAAAUCACUUUGAAUUAUUUUUAUUUUUAUUUUUUAUGUUAAAUAAAAACUUGUUCAGGAUGUUUAUUUAUUUUUGUUUUCAGGUUUAUUAACAUGAAAAAAUAAACAAUCACAUCAUAUGUAGUAGUUUAUUUAGUUCAGCUUGGGGUCGCUUCCUGCUGGAGAGAAAUUCUGCUUCCUGUUUUGUUUUAAAAGUAAAAGUUUCCUGUUUCCUUCUCUGAUUGGUUGUGACUGUGAUGACCAAACCUCCCGUGUUCACUCUCAGUGCUAAUGUAACAUUUGAUGGUAAAAACUUUGUUUCCCGUUUGACAACGGAGGAGGUGGAGCCUGUGCUUGUUUUUGUACAAAAUAAAAGCCUGAAAUUUGACUGAGUUAUUUUGUUCGGAUUUGGUUUGUGUUGGAGUGACAGAGAAACAACCACCAACAUUUUUAAUGCUCCAAUAAAUAAGUCAAAUUAAAUCCUGUCAGCUGAUAAACUGUGUGUUUCUGUCCUGGUCAGUGUUUAUCAGUCACCUACUUCCUGUUUA